AUGUUCCUCAAUAAGUGUGAGGGGGACCUGGGCGAGCUGCGGAAGCCGGGGGACGGCGAGGGGACCCCUCCAGCUGCUGCUGAGGAGGAGCAGCCCAAGAAGAAGCACCGGCGGAACCGCACCACCUUCACCACGUACCAGCUGCACGAGCUGGAGCGCGCCUUCGAGAAGUCCCACUACCCCGACGUGUACAGCCGCGAGGAGCUGGCCAUGAAGGUCAACCUGCCCGAGGUCCGCGUGCAGGUCUGGUUCCAGAACCGGAGAGCCAAGUGGAGGCGGCAGGAGAAGAUGGAGGCCAGCUCCAUGAAGCUCCACGACACCCCCAUGCUGUCCUUCAACCGGCCGCCCAUGACGGCCAACGUGGGGCCCAUGAGCAACUCCCUCCCGCUCGACCCGUGGCUGACGUCGCCCAUCUCCAGCGCCACCCCGGUGCACAGCAUCCCCGGCUUCAUGGGAGCCCCCCAGGCCCUGCAGCCCCCGUACGGCGGGCACUCCUUCCUCAACACCCCCCCGGGCAUGGCUCAGGGCAUGCAGCCCAUGGCCCCCGCGCCCUACCAGUGCGGCACCCCCUUUGUGGACAAGUACCCGCUGGAGGACGUCGACCAGAGGAGCUCCAGCAUCGCCUCGCUGCGCAUGAAAGCCAAGGAGCACAUUCAGACCAUCGACAAGACCUGGCAGCCCAUUUGAUGGACGCUCCCACCGCCCCCCGCCCCGCCGGGGCGCUCGGCAGGACCAGAGCGGGGAGGUGCCCCCCCCGGACAGCGGCGGGGGGGCACCGGCAGCCGGCCCGGGGCGGCCG